AUGGACACCGCUUAUCGGCACUUAAGAAGUGUCCGAAUCAGUCCAGAGAAUCGUAUCAUAGAUCUUGAAUACGCUGAUGAUGUAGUCCUUUUGACAGUUAUAACGAAAGUAAUAUUAAAUAAAGUGUCAGAAACUGCAACAAGAAUCGGACUCAGGAUCAGGAUCAAUGUAAAUAAAACGAAAGUCUUUUCGUCUUAUGCGCAAGAAGGUGAUGAAAUGCCUCUUUUCGUAAAUUCAUUGCCGGUUGAGGAAGUGCCCGAUUUCAAAUACCUUGGGUCCACUCUAAUACCAAAUGGACAGGCAAAAGAUGAUAUUACAACUCGGAUCACGGCAGCUAGAAAUGCGUUCUUCCUGCUGACGAAACCUUUAUGGAGUCGUCGUGAAAUCACCAUAAAAACGAAAGUCCGCAUGUUUUGCCGUUCGUGA